AUGGAUGAAAAAGAGACCGCCAAAGCCAAGCUGCUUAUUGCUACGCUACAGAAAUACGGCUAUGAUUUGGAAGACCCAACGCACACGAGCACCGCUACGAGCAUCAACUCGAGCGAUAGCUCAACCGAGUGGAGUCCCGAUGAUGACAUUGAGCCCGUCGCCGCUCGAUGUUCCAGCGUCACGUCGUCCGCCGGCAUCUUGGCGCUGCGUGACCGCAAGAAUCAGCAGAGUGCGUUGCAUAUUGCAGCGAAGAAGGCCCAUUUUGAUGUACUGCGUGCUCUUGCCAAGCUUCCAAAGAUAUCAGAGCAUGUGAAUGCUGGGGACCGACAUAGCAACACGGCACUGCACUUUGCUGCAAGCAGUACGAGAUCCAAAGCGCCAGAUAUGGUGGAGCUGUUGCUGAACUUGGGAGCCAACCCAUCAGCCACAAACAUUCGUGGCCAGACGCCACUGGCUAUUCACAUCAUGACAGCCAAACCUGAAACUUCGGUGACCAUUACGAAGCUCUUUAUCGAUAAGUUUCGACAGCUGCAAGAUCCGUCGUCCUCGUCUACAGUCUCCUCAUCAUCACCGAUGGGUCUGCGAGCUCUGGCGCCGUGCGCAGCACUGAAUGAGCUCGUGAACGGUACCACGUACUUGCACAUGGCUGUGGAUCGUCAAUUGGGUGGAAUUGGUGGCGCGUUGGUGCAGGGAGGCGCUUCCAUAAACGUGCCUGACCACAAUGGCGUCAUGGUGAGCGACACGAUCCCAAAAAAACUGCUGGUAAAGCUCAUUACUUUUAUGGCGGAAGGCUCACAGGUUGCUCCGUCUGACAUUGUACGUGGUAGCUGCAAGAUCUGCCGGAAUCCGAAGAGCCUGUUGGAACCUUUGAAAGACUGUAUAUUGUGUGGUCGCGCUGUCUGCAAGAACUGCUCGAAGAAGGCGUCCGAGAUCCGCAAAACAACCUCAGAUGGUAGCCAUGUCACGCUCAAGGACAAGGAUGAGGGCAGAUUCUGUGCUGUUUGCUGCACAGUCAAGAUUCUGAAAAGCAAACAGCACAACCAGCGCGAGAACUUUAACAAGAAGCUCAUGGGUUGCGACAUAAAAUAG